GUUCAUGUUAACACAACCCCUGUUGUCAACAGCAUGGCAGAACCAACUGGCUUUUGUGUUAAACCGAGACUUGGAUCAAAGUCUGCACUCUGUUUUCUUCUUAGAGCAAGGCUCUGAGGUUGAAACUCCUUCCUUGUGUUUUGUAAAACAAAUACCACCUUUGACUUCUCACCUUUGACCCUAAGUCCAAGAAUCUGCUCUAUGCUUGCAAGACAACGCACAGCAGAUACCUAGAAAUACAAGUGUUCUGCUUGGUGAAGGCCAUUUAUUCCUGGUUAGAGGCCAUCUGGGUGUUCUCAACUCAAGAGAAUCCACAGAGCACACCAUGGUCAAGAAAGUCGCUGUGAUUGGAGCUGGUGUGAGUGGUCUGUCCUCCAUCAAAUGCUGCCUGGAUGAGAACCUGGAACCCACCUGCUUUGAGAGAAGUGAUGACUUCGGGGGACUGUGGAAGUUUUCUGAAAUAUCCAAGGAUGGGAUGACCAGGGUCUACAGGUCCCUAGUGACAAAUGUCUGCAAGGAAAUGUCAUGUUACAGUGACUUCCCAUUCCAAGAAGAUUACCCCAAUUUCAUGAGCCAUGAGAAAUUUUGGGACUAUCUCAAAGAAUUUGCUGAGCACUUUGACCUCUUGAAAUAUAUUCGGUUUAAGACUACUGUGUGCAGUGUAACGAAACGCCCAGACUUCUCUGAAACUGGCCAGUGGGAUGUUGUCACAGAGACAGAGGGCAAACAGGACAGAGCUGUGUUUGAUGCUGUCAUGGUUUGUACUGGGCAGUUCCUGAACCCCCAUUUACCUCUGGAGUCCUUCCCUGGAAUCCAUAAGUUUAAGGGGCAGAUCAUACACAGCCAAGAAUACAGGGUUCCAGAUGCCUUUCGGGGCAAGCGCAUCUUGGUGGUUGGCCUUGGGAACACUGGAGGAGACAUCGCAGUGGAGCUCAGUGGAACAGCAUCUCAGGUGUUUCUCAGCACUAGAACCGGUAGCUGGGUCUUAAGCCGCUCCUCGGGUGGUGGCUACCCUUUCAAUAUGAUCAUAACAAGAAGAUGGCUUAAUUUUAUUGCACGAGCUCUGCCUUCACGCUUUAUACACUGGAAUCAAGAGAGGCGCAUGAAUAAAAUGUUUAACCAUGAGAAUUAUGGAUUAAGUAUUGCAAAAGGGAAAAAAGUGAAAUUUAUUGUGAAUGAUGAGUUACCAACCUGCAUCCUCUGUGGGAAAGUCACUAUGAAAGCCGGCGUGAUGGAUUUCACAGAAUCCUCUAUCUUCUUUGAAGAUGGGACAAUGGAAGCCAACAUUGAUGUAGUGAUCUUCAGUACAGGAUAUGAAUUUUCUUUUCCCUUUUUUGAAGAACCACUCAAAAGCCUUUGCGCAAAGAAGAUCAAUCUAUACAAGCGAGUCUUUCCUCCAAAUUUGGAGAGAACAACAUUAGCCAUCAUUGGCCUGAUCAGCCUCACUGGGUCUAUCUUAGUGGGCACAGAGCUCCAAGCACGGUGGGCCACAAGAGUAUUCAAAGGUCUCUGUAACAUACCUCCAUCCCAGAGACUGAUGGCCGAAGCCACUAAGACGGAGCAGCUCAUUAAAAGGGGUGUGAUUAAAGACACCAGUCAAGACAAACUCGACUUCAUUUCCUACGUGGAUGAGCUCGCUCGGUGCAUAGGCUCAAAGCCCAACAUUCCACUUCUGUUCCUUAAGGACCCGAGACUAGCUUGGGAAGUUUUCUUUGGACCAUGUACAUCUUACCAAUACCGCCUAGUGGGCCCUGGGAAAUGGGGUGGAGCCAGAAAUGCCAUCCUGACCCAGUGGGACAGGACCAUAAAACCACUAAAAACUCGAACUGUUCCCAAGUCCCCUGAGUCUGCCUCCCUGUCAUGUUACUUAAAAGCUUGGGGGGCGCCUGUCCUACUUGCCUCCCUUAUACUUCUGUAUAAAUCUUCACUUUUUCUUAAAUUGGUGCAAGGUAAGUUACAAGGAAGAGUUUCCCCUUAUCGUAUACUAUGGGACAUACCCCAGAAUUCAUGACUUGGUCCCCACUGUAGCAAUGGAGGAAGUAUUUGGG